AUGACAAAAUGCCCAUCACCAAGUCGUGGCUCUCCAAUUCUUGUUAUUGACACAGAGGGUAGUGAUGGCUAUGAGCGAGGGGAGGAUGUCACAUUUGAGAAACAAACAGCGCUUUUUUCCUUGGCUGUCUCAAACACAGUUAUAAUGAACAUGAAACCUGACAGUGUUAAUCUUCAUAACGGCGGGGGACGGUCACUUUUACAAACUGUAUUCAAGGUGAUGAUUCGAAAAUUUAAAACUCCAAGAAAAGUGAAUCUAGUCUUUGUCCUUCGUGAUGAAAACCAGGUCCCAUUGCCCAAGUUGAAAAAGCAGUUGGUGGCUGGACUUCGAAAGAUUAAAGUGGUAACAUUGCCUCAUCAUUUGCACCAGGAGAAGGAGUUCCGUGAUAAGGUGGAUUCCCUUAAAAAACGGAUUAUGCGCUGGACUACAUCUGGUGAGAGGAUUGCAGCUUCAGGUUUUGUUCGUUUUGCCCAAAACAUCUGGCGUGAUAUUAAGGAGGACAAGGACCUUGACUUACCACAACACAGAAUCAUGGUUUCUAGAGUACGCUGCAAAGAAAUUGCUGACGAGAAGUAUCAGAGUUUUUGUAAAAAUAAGUCCUGGACUAAGAUAAAGCAGCAGGUUGAAGAGAGGACUAAGACAAAGAAGCAGGUUGGAGUGUCUCCUGAACUCGAACUACACUUUGGAGAGAAUGUCAGUUCAAUUUGCGAGUCGUAUUUAUCCCAGUAUGAUGCUGAUACUCAACAUUAUCAUCAAACUAAAAGGGACAAAUAUAAGCAGCAACUGACUGACAAUUUAUUGAAGGAAAUUGAGCCAAUCUACCAGUCUCUGGUGAAGCACAUGUACCAGGCAACUCUACAAAUGUUCACGGAAGCCGCUCUAAAAGAGAUAGAAAAGACGCAUGCCCUGUCUACUCUGCAAGCCCACAAUUUCAUCACUAAAUUCAAGAAUCAGCUCAAAGAUGCUGCCAUCAGACCAGCAAACUUGGAUUACGAAAAAAAACUAGUUGCCGAAAUGAAGUCAGAAAUGGAUAAAAUCAUAGGAAGUUUUCAAGCAAUUAUUGAAAUGCAAAAGAAAGACCGACAAAAAUUCUGGGAAAAAGUUGUGAUGAUUGGGGCUCAUACGUUGAUUGUUGCCGUCAGCGCAACUGUAAUGGCUUUGGUACCUGGACAUGGAACAGCCAUAGGCGUUUCACCACUCAUGGCUUCCGCUUUGCUGAUCAUUAAAAUUCUAAUGAAGAGAAAUCAGAGAGCUCAAAAGGUCUUGUUACCGCCAUGACUUCUAUACUGAAAGAAGCAUAACAGAGAAAUGGUUCGAGGACAAAGCUCAUAUCCUGAAUCUGAAUUAAGUUUGCGAAUGGGUUUCUUGUGCCAGGUUUACGACGCUGAUUGCUAUCCGAGAAUGGCCAAGACCAUGUUGUGGUUGUCCAUCCGCUUGAUUUGCUCAGUUUUAAGUACUACUUACUUUUCAAGACAUCGACAUUCUUGGUUUUGACUAGUUUGGGAAGUUGGGCAAUACAGGAGAGUUUGAACUAGCUUUUGCUAUUAUUCAGGCUGUACAUUUAUUUCCUGAUUAUGUCCAUUUGUUCUUCGGUUCAAUGCAAACCACACGAGACAAUUAAACUUGCAAUUA